ACGAAGUAUUUUGUAAUGAUCAUAACAUAAAAAUGGAAAUAACAGAAUUUGUUAAAUUUUAAAUUUCAAUUAAAACUGAAAAACAAAACUAUAAAACGAUGUUAGAAUUGGCACGUUUGAGUUUCUAUAUCAAAUAUUCUAUAAUGAAUGUUGAAAAUAUUCUAUCAUACGUUGGAUUUUUACCAAAAUUACUUUAUACUUAAAAAUAGACAAACGAAAUCAUAAAUGGUGUGGUAUGCGCGACGCAGUGCUUUUUAAAUUUGUUUUGAUAUAGAAACAAACUGAAAACACUAUAUUAUCGUGUUCAUAAAAAAACUGCAGUUAAAAUUAACUUAUAAGUAAAAUUAAAAAAAUGAGCAAUGUUUAAAAAUGUGAAAAACCAUAAAAACCCGCCAAAAUGCAUUUAAAGGAAAAUCUUAAAAACGACGAACAUACAGCAGUGGACCAUACCAAUGUGGACCUUUCGGUUGUUACACCCUUUAACAGAGCGCAGUAUCUUAUUUUAAAUCAUGAAAACAGGAAUCGGCUCAGAUUACAUCCGCCACCAUCCUCAAAGCCGCCAUCUGUUGGUACAGCUCUUCAAUCCUGUCAUCAGCAACGAUUUUUUUUAGAUGCUGGGGCUGACGAAACAGAAAUUUUAAAGCAGCCUUCUCCAAAUGUCCUUCAGCGGUCAGUGACUCUGCCAGCCAAACACAGCCGGUUAGGCGUGCGGAGUCGUGUUACUUUUCAACUGCCGGCAAAAAUUCGACUUACAUCUCAAGCUACAGAACUCGAAAAAACUAGAAUCGUGUUAGGCCCCAAAGAAAAGCAAGCCACCAAAAUGACUUCAGAAGACUUGCUACAACCGGGUCAUGUAGUCAAAGAGCGUUGGAAGGUCAUGCGAAAAAUCGGAGGUGGUGGCUUUGGAGAAAUUUAUGAAGGUCAAGACCUUAUUACUCGCGAGCAGGUGGCUUUAAAGGUAGAAUCUGCUCGGCAGCCAAAACAGGUGCUAAAAAUGGAAGUGGCAGUUUUAAAAAAAUUACAAGGAAAGGAACACGUGUGCCGUUUUAUAGGAUGCGGUCGUAAUGAUCGAUUCAACUACGUUGUGAUGCAACUGCAAGGAAAAAAUUUAGCUGAGCUCCGUCGAGCUCAGCCCCGCGGAGCUUUUUCUCUCAGUACAACUCUUAGGUUAGGCUUACAAAUUUUAAAAGCCAUUGAAUCGAUACAUUCUGUAGGUUUCCUUCAUCGUGAUAUAAAACCGAGUAAUUUUUCCGUUGGUCGUUUACCUUACAACUGUCGUCGUGUAUAUAUGCUGGAUUUUGGCUUAGCGCGUCAAUAUACCACAGGCACGGGGGAAGUGCGAUGUCCAAGAGCAGCAGCUGGUUUUCGCGGGACUGUUCGAUAUGCUUCCAUUAAUGCACAUCGUAAUAGAGAAAUGGGACGACAUGACGAUUUGUGGUCUCUUUUUUACAUGCUUGUUGAGUUUGUAAAUGGACAAUUACCUUGGCGUAAAAUAAAAGACAAAGAACAAGUUGGCUUAACAAAAGAGAAGUAUGAUCAUAGAAUAUUAUUGAAGCACUUGCCUUCAGAUUUAAAGCAAUUUCUGGAACAUAUACAAUCCCUAACUUAUGCCGACCGUCCAGAUUAUACGAUGCUUAUCGGACUAUUUGAGCGCUGUAUGAAAAGGCGGGGAGUCAAGGAGUCUGACCCAUAUGACUGGGAAAAGUUAGACCCUACAGCAAUUGGUAAUAUCACUUCAACAGUUGUUAAUACCUUAGCUGCUGUUAAAACUGAUUAUAUUCAUGGAAAUUUGACACAAAUGACCGUGGCAGCUUCUAACGCGAGCGGGACCGAAUACGUUCGAAAGCGGAAUGACAUUGAAACUGCUCAUAUUACAGCAACUGAACCCGUACAAAUAAAGGAAAAAGUUGAUAGAAAUUGUAAUGCCAGCGCCUCAAUCCCUCAUCCAAAACCUUUAGUCGAAGCCACAUCUCAACAUGGAAUUAAUAAUCAAAAUACACUUAGGAAAGAAUUGUUACACGAAACACAUGGAACGCCUAAUACCCAAAACGCACUGAUAAAGUCAUCAAAGAUGAGUAUUGGUAAAAAUGAUAACCAGGAAAUAAUAAAUACAAAAAACUCUCAGCCGAUAAUUCCACCGGAAUCACUUUCAACAAAUAACCAACACAACUCCGCCCCUGUUUAUGGAAAUUCCUAUUUAAAUUCAGAGGCUCAGAAGUGUGAAUGUCUUUUAGUGGAAAGUGCUUUAGAGCAAAAUAAACCGGCCACUAAUCCCAUAGAAAGUACUACAAAGUCUUCCCUUGGUGUUAUUAAAGAGGCACAAAAAUCUCAAGAAAAAAAACAGAAUUCUCCAAGCUUUACCGAUGAACAAAAACAAAAAUUAGAAGUUUUAGAAAAAUGUGUCGAUGGAAAAAAGUCACUCGAUGAACAAAAAGCAAUGUUUGGACGACUUCGAGUUCUUACAGCGCCGCCUAUGAGUGUACAUGAAUUGACUGUAGGUGGGGGACAUUCUAAAACAAACGAAAAUGAGCCAAAUCUCCUUCUCGCAGCUAGUACUAGCACUGGUGUGACCGGAAACACUUUAUCAUCGAAACUUAUCAAUCAACAUGGACAAGCUGUACCGAUAGUUUCAAUACCACCAGUAAACCGGCGUUCUGCCACAUCUACAAAUUUACGACCAUCUUCUUCUGGAGGAGGCUCGAGUUCUAUUCAAAGAUUUAAUAGCGGAUCAACCUGCUUUGUACCUUCAGGCACUAUGAGCAAUGCAGCCCGAAGCAGUGGUUGUGAUCAUUCAGUCACGCAAUUCGCUUUAAUAGACGAUGAAAACGUGUCAGCAUUGCAACAGGUAACUAGAGGAGGUGCUCUUACGCUUGCAUCUCAAUGGAAAAGCCAGUUCGAUGACUCUGAGGACACAACCGAUAAUGAAUGGAACAGAGAACCCCAGUCGCAACAUAAUUUGGAACAAAUAAUUAAAGUGGAUAUUUCAUUGCCUCUGAUAAAUGAAGUCACUCACCUUACCAAACCUAGAACGACGUGUACAGGGAAGACAUCUAUAUCAAAACUGGAUGUAAAAAGCAGAAAAAAGAGACAUACGCUUAACAUAACCGGAAUUGAGAACUACCACACCUUAAGAGUUUCUAUACCGCACUGCUGGUCUGAGCCUGCUAUGGGUAAUGUACUGAGAAAGAACCUAGAGCCACCCGCUGUGCAGCAAGCCGCAUUUGAAGACACAGUGUAUCAGAUGGAUAUAGCUAGAAACAUAUGUGUGCGAGAAAAUUGUUCGGAACUUACAUCAUUUGUUAAAAAUAGUCCAACCGCAUCGAAAGUCACACGACAAAUUGAACCAUCGUCUUUUAAAGAAGAAACUUUGUUUCAGUCAAAGUUGUCGACGGAAAGAAAAACUAUGUUAAAAUAUCGACACAGCCUUCCAAAUAUUUCAGUAUCGUAUUACGAAGAACAAAAUAAUACAAAAAAUUUAGAUGCUCUUCUUUUAAAAGAUACAGCGAUACCACGGCAUGUGAAAACCAUUCCCUCUCAAAGAAGCAACUUUCCUUCAGGUAGUAAUGUAAAUGAAAGAAACGCUUGUGUUAGUGGGCGGUUGCAAAUUCGAGUGGUUCCCAAAGAAACUAACUACAUGGAGGAUACUUUGUACAAGGAAGCUUUAGAUGCUGUUAAAACUACUCCGGAAGAAAACCAAGCCGAAAAAAGGGGCAAAAUGGUAACAAAUUAUGAUGAAAUAGAAUCACUAUUAGAAUCAAGAUUAACUUCAAAAAUUAGCCCAAUUAACAAACUCGACCCUCAAGAGGCAAACAAAAUAGGUUCUAAUACAAAGCUGGAUAGUUAUGAUGGUAAUUUUCUUAUAAUAAAUGGAAAUAAUAAACUUCGAAAAACAAAAAAAGAAGAGAUAAAUUUAAUUGAAUCGGAAUUUACAAACGAACUAAAAAUUAUUAACUCCACUGUUGUUUAUGGUGGAAUUGAGGUUGAAUCUGAAGUUCCUACACAUACACCAAGUAAAAUUCCAGUGCGCCAAUCAAAGUGCACAUCAUGGGCAGGUGCAGAUACAACACCUAAGCAAACCACAUUUGAAUCACCUUACUCCUAUAAUGCAAUGGAAACAACAAGUACAGAAACGGAAUUAUUUCCUCGAAAUAAUAAAUACUCUAUUGGAUUUGAAAACACUUCUAAUAUUAAGGAUUUGACACCAGCAUUAAGACGGCGGCGUGAGUCUAUGGAGGGAAAAUAUGCGACAGACACUCAAUUACAACUAAGAUUUCAAAGACCGCGAUCAAGAACAUCGAGCCGGAACCGUGGUACAUUAAACCACGCACCAGAAAGUUGUGAUGGAAACAUAUUUAAAACUAAUGAAGAGCAUUUUGGAAAGCAUGAAGGGUCAAGCUGUCUUUCAUGGAGUGAGCUGAAACCUAAAGCAAAUAUUUCGUCGCCCCUUGAAGACCCUCAAAUUGAAAAUAAUGCGCGGCCUCGUCAUCACAGGCAUCAUAUAGAAUAACCACGUAUAAUAUAAAAGUUGAACGCAAUAAUAAGGUGUUGGUAUUGUAUUUCGAAGUGAAGGCAGAUCUCCUCUAAUAUUUUAUUCUUUUAUUGUUAUAACGACGUCCACGUUUCAAAUUAAUUCACGUAUUUCUUUUAUAUGCAAAUAUAAAAAUAAAUAAAAGUGCCCAUAUUAAUUAAUUUUGAUAAGGCCUGUAGGAAUUAUUUAAAAAAUUAUACAU